AUGCGCGUCGCUCCGCUCUCUCUGAUCGCGUGCCUGCUCGCAGCUGUCGCCGCGCAGUCUGGACCCACGUCGAACCCUCCCACGACUCUGCCAGGCUUCACUGUCACGGCUGGCACCUCAUCCACGUUCACCUGGACUCCUACGACCUCUGGUACUGUAACUCUGACAUUGCGCAACGGUCCUACAAGCGACUUGAAUAAGGGAAUCGUGCUCGCUUCUGGAAUCGCCAACUCCGGCUCCUACACUUUUACAGUUCCCGCUGGUACUGCUAGCGGAGCAUAUACCAUUGAGAUUUCUUCGGACAGCAACGCGAGUGACGCCAACUAUAGCGACGAUAUUACUGUAAAUGGCUCCAAAUCUGUUGGAUCUGCUAGCCCCUCGCCAUCUACCCUGACGACCACCGCAUCAAGCUCUGGUUCCUACUCCUCUGCUUCUUCUUCCAUCGAUACCAGCACAACCACCCUCAAUUCUGAGACCUCUGCUACAAGCCAUGCGUCCACUAGCAAAUCAGCUUCCAGCUUGUCUACAUCAGGUGCAACCAGAUCAGCAUCGUCAACGAGCGGAACCUCUGCACCGACUAGUAGUACGAGCACCCCAACUGGUUCUUCGAAAGGCGCAAAUGCAGGAACUGUACUCCGCGUCAAUAAUGGCCUAUUAGCGUUAGUCUUGGGGAUACUGGCUGUGUUUUAA